UGAAUUUCAUUCCAGCGAUUCGAGUCAUCCGACCACCACACACACACACACACACACAGCUGGCUACCUCUUCAUCUGGCCUCUCUUGGCACACCACUCCUGCAAGUCCCUCUGCAGCCCCUCCAGCUCACACCGCAGCCGAGCCUUCCUCCCACUCCCACCGCCAUGCUCACCCCCAAACCAGCCCUCUAUCGCACCGCGCAGCCGACACAUCACACUCACAGAGGCACCACACAACACGCCCACCGCAUCAGGCCCCCUCCCCCUGCCGCCCGCCCCCUGCUGUGCAUUCGGUUGUCGGGCCACAGAGAUGGGGCAGAAGUUGAUGAGAGAGUGGAAGAGGUCCUGCCAGAUCUCGUCGCCGCCUCGAGGGAACCUCGCAUUCGGUGCGAGGCCCCAUUGCGGCAUCGACAUUGCUGCUGUGAGGGACGGCCCGGCGUCUCUUGUGGGCUUGGGGUGGAUGGGGAGGGGCUGGAUGUGGGGGUACUUGCCGAAGAGGAGUAUAUGUGCGAUGGCGGCGACACCGGCUAGGUCCGCAUGGUGCAUCCAGGGGAGGCCGCUGAGCAUGGCCGGUGGCAAAAGGUCGUCCGCAUGACAGUCACCUACACACACAAACACAUAAAAGUCCGUUCCCCCUCUCUGUGUGUCGUGUCGUGUCGUGUGUGGGUGUACCUUUGAAGAUGCAGUCUGGGUAGACGGCGUGUGUGUCGAGUGCUCUGCCGAGGUCGAUGCCGAACACGCCGAUGGGCGAGGGGGCGUCCAGGAGCGGAUGGUGGCGUGUAGGCUUGAUGUCGUGAUGCGGUCCUGGUAUGGCGAGGUGUCUACUGCGGUCGGCGGCCAUGUCGGCCACAAUCAGGUUGUCCGUCUGCAGGGGUGAUUGGAGAGCCGCACGUGUGUUGUGUUUGUGUCUUGUGUCUGGUUGUUGCAUCUGUGGUGUUUGUUACCUUGAGAUCGCCAGACAGCAGGCCAACCUGCAAAGGGUAAGAUGGGCACACACAUUGGUGUCGUCUCUCUCUCUCUGUGUCUCUCUCUCUGUCUGCACCUGACCUGGUGCAGCUGCAUGAGCAGCCCCAUGACCUCGUAGACUAGGAAGAACGACACCACCUCACUGCAGUAACGACCCCUGUACCAACCCAGAACACACACAAUACGACACACAUCCACUAAUCCCAUCAAUUGUGUCUCCCAGCCUACCUCAUGAGAAAGAACUCGUUGAUGGCCGUGUGCAUGUCGCAUGCCACAGGCAUCGUCGGCAGCACCAUCACACUCACACCACCCUGACCAUCCCUCCACCCACCACCAUCCCCAGCCAGCCGUCUCGCCACACGGUCCUCGGGGCCGCUCAAGUCGAUGCCGUGCAGUGACAGCGACACGCCCGUCAGCCAAUGGGAUGGCUGGGGGGACUGUGGGGGGCGUGUGUCGGAGAUGAGAGGGGCUCGUCGGUGCAGGGCGGAAGAGGCGUAUAGCUCACGCAAAGCGCUGCCGAAGUAAAAUGUCUACACCAACACGACACACACGAGGGAGAAGGAGAACACAUCUCUCUCUCUCUCUCUCUCUCGAGACACUGUUGCUGUCUCACCUACCUGGAUUUUGACAGCACAUUCCACCGCUUCCGUGCCCCCCUGCUCCCGCCACCUGCCGGCGUGGACCCUCGCAAAGCUCCCACGGCCCAGCACCCGACCCACACGCAACGAACCAUCCCUCCCUCCGACCUUCACGGGCAGAGUGGCGCCUUCCCUGCAGUGGUUGGCCCGGAUGGCGAGGGGGUCUGUGUGCAGCUGGAACAGGCGUGUGGGGGAUGUGUCUGGGGGUCCACGGCUGUGGAGCGGUCCGGGUGAUGCUGAGCCUUUGUUGAUGAGCUGCUGCAGGAUAAGAUGCUCGCGGUAGGUGCGACUGGCGUGGCAGUACGGAUCCACCAGCCUGUGUGUGUGUGUGUGCGGAGAAAGGAGAGACAACAACACACGAUGGAUGGAUCGCCGCCCACCCUCCAUGCAGUCCAUUCCUCUCUCUCUCUCUCUCUCUCCCUCCCUCUCUCCCUCUCUCCCUGACCUGACAGUGAAAAUGCGAUUGCUGGUGAAAGGUCCCCUAUUGUCCGGCAGUGCGAUGCUCACAGCAGCCCGCCAGCGGUCCACCCGGUGUGGCCAAUGGCGGCAGACCUCUCCGGGAUGACUCACACGCACCGAAGUCCUCCCCCUGGUUGGCAGGCUUGUCAUGCACCAGGGGCAGCGGAGGCAGUGAAUCGCGAGGCGGUCGCUGCCCUUCGGGGGCGUGUGGCUGUGAGGGGCUGGCGUGUCGCUGCGAUGGGCGGGGUGAUCGUGGUCCCACCUCAGGGUCACGACACACCUUGGCACCAUCAGCAAUACCUCCUAUGGCGACGGCGGUCGCUGCCGUAGCUCUCUCAGGCUGCAACCGUCCUUGGUCAUGAUGCUGUGCCGCCCCACCACCGGGCGGCUGUUUGCGCUUCUGCCGUCGUCUCAAGGCGUCCAUCUCCGCCUGCAGCCCCUCCACUGGCCGUGCAUGGUGCCGCACACCCAUCGCAUAGACCUGCCCAGCCUCGUCGAAUCGCUCUUCUUUCUCCAGAGAGAGAGCCCACGCAUGAAAGAACAGCGCGGGAAGCGACGAGUGGGCGGACUGCUGCUGGUGCUGUUCGUAGAGCUUCUCGAAGGCGGCGGCUGGGUGGGCAGAAUUGCACGCUGCAGAGAUGGCCGCCUUCUCCUCUCGCGAAGCGAAGGACGCCAGCAGGCCGUCGGACCCUGGUGCAGCUGCUGGUCUUUGUUGGCCUCCGUCAUGCUGGUGGUGGGCAGGGUAGCUGCAUCUGUCAUCCUGAUGGUUGGCUAACGGCUUCCGGGCCGCAUUGUUGGCCACCGCCGGGGCAUUGAGAGGCGGUGGGUAGGGUGGUUGGUUGUUGUUGCGGUUGAAGCGGCUCGGGAACAGGGCCUUGAGCAGCUCCUGCGAGGGGAGAUUCUUGCUGCCGCUCUCCAUCCUCACCGUUGUGCGGUG